AUGCUGGGAAAGGACCUUUUCACCUCCGCACUUCUGUUUGCAGCGGCUGCCAGUGCCAGUCCCUACAACAAGAACCUUGACCACGAUGGACCCAAGUCGGUAGAAAUCGCCGUCCAGACAGUGACAAAGGUUGUGCAUCUUCAGAGCACUGCCAGUCCCACUUCUGCGGCACCCAAGGAAGACGACGAGAACCUGCCCGUCGUCGACGAGCCUGUCGAUGACCUCCAGAACAUCACUGAGCGCGCAGCUGUAGCGGGCUACAGGAAUGCUGUCUACUUCACGAAUUGGGGCAUCUAUGGCGCCAACCACCAGCCUGCAGACUUUCCAGCUGACAAGGCCACCCAUCUUCUCUACUCGUUCGCUGACAUCAGAUCCGAUGGUCAAGUCGUCUCGUCCGACACAUAUGCCGACCUGGAGAAGCACUUCCCUGGCGAUUCCUGGAACGAACAAGGCACGAACGCCUACGGCUGCAUCAAGCAGCUUUACCUCAGGAAGAAGAAGUUUCGCCAGCUCAAGCUUCUUCUCUCCAUUGGCGGCUGGACAUGGUCUCCCAAGUUCGCCCCUGUUGCGCGUACCGAAGCGGGCCGUCAGCGCUUCGCAUCGAGCGCCGUUGCUCUCAUGGCUGAUUGGGGGUUCGACGGCAUUGACAUUGACUGGGAGUACCCCAAGAAUGCCAAUGAGGCGCUCGACUUCGUUCGGCUCCUGGCCGCCUGCCGCCAGGCCCUGGACAACUACGCUGCCAGGUACGCCAAGGGCUACCGGUUUCAGCUGACCAUCGCCGUCCCCGCCGGUCCUACCAACUACCGCGUUCUUGACAUGAAGAAGAUGGCUCCGUUUGUCGAUGGUUGGCACCUCAUGGCAUACGAUUACGCGGGCUCUUGGUCCGGAAAGACCGGUCACCAGUCCAACCUCUACAGGAGCAAGAGUAACCCUGCCGCCACCCAGUACGACACGGAGACUGCCGUCAACUACUACCUCAGCCAAGGCAUCAACCCAAGCAAAGUGCUGCUUGGCGUGCCGCUGUAUGGCAGGUCUUUUGCUCGCACCGACGGCCUCGGAAAGCCGUAUUCAGGCAUUGGCAAGGGGUCCAUCGAGGCUGGCGUCUACCACUACAAGGCUCUGCCGGCACCCGGCGCCGAGGAGCGCUGGGAUGCCGAGGCUGUGGCCGCGUGGAGCUACGACAAGAAGACGCGGGAGCUCGUGACGUACGACAACCAAAACUCGGUGAAACGCAAGGCCGACUACCUCGUCAAGAAGAGACUCGGUGGUGCCGUGUUUUGGGAGUCGGCUGGCGACCGCGCCGGCGAUCGCAGCCUUGUGAGGACCGUGUCGAAAGCCAUGGGUGCCAUGGACCAGACGAAGAACUGGCUGUCUUACCCUGCGAGUAGGUACGCCAACAUUCGGAAGGGAAUGCCGGGACAGUAG